AAAUCUUAGUGAGCGUCACUUCACUUAGACACCAUCAAGAGUUAUAAGAGGGAUUUCACAUCAAACCCUCUCAAUCAUGUUAAUCCUCGGAGCCAUAAGAAGGGCUCAACGGAUUCCAUUGAGAUACAAUGCUAUAAACUUCCAAAAUGUAGCCCCCCGUAAUCUUUCGUCUGUAAGGCAGAAUUUUCGAGUCUUGGGCAUGAGAUUCGAGACAACCGGAACAAAUACAACGAAGACAGCUACAGCAAACACCGCGGCUAGUCCCAAGCCGCAAACACCCAGAUUCGCAUACCCAGAGAACCUCUGCGUAUACCACGCCGGCACAGGCCGGAUAACCUUCCUAGCCUGCCUGAAGAUCUCGACGCUCUUCAUCUUCGCCUUCUUCGGCUUCGUCGUGACCCCCGCGUACCUCGACCGGGAAGGCCUAUCGCCCACCGUGCUCCGCACAACGCUCUCGGCCAUCAUCCCCCUGCUCUUCGUAGCGUACACCACGUCCCCCUUCGUGUCCUUCAUCCACAUGCGCCUACCGCCCGUAGCGCGGCAGUCCGAGGACAUGCUACGGCGAUUCGCGCGUGCGAUCCCCGCAGACACGGAGCUCGACAUCACGACCAUGAGCUUCAUCGCCAAGCCGCGCGUGAGCCGCGUGAAGCUGUCGGAACUACGCCCCGUGUCCCGAAGGUUCGGCAUCGUGAACCUCGCCCGGGACACCACCGCGGAGAACGCCGCGAGGAAGUGGUACCAGUUCCGCGCCGUGGGCGAUUUCAACGCCCAGGGUAGCACCGCGACGCGUGCCCCGUGGGUCUGGGAGAGCAUCCUGAAUGUUAUACAAAAGCCUCGGGUGUGAUUUACGAGUCUUCCGCUAUUCAUAAGCUUUAAUGUAUAUAUACUCUCGGACGUCACCCGGCUCUCUACGGCAAGAAGUGGGUUAAUUUGGCCUCUUCGAAGCGGCCUGCGGUAACGAUUAUAACACACUAAGAGCCGUGUCCCUCACCUGGUUCUCGGGCCAUUGGCCAUAUCAUGUAAUGUACAACAGCUUCUGGCAUAGCCAAGCAAAUCAAUCACUAUAGCGGGCUAGAAGCUCUAAAGAAAUAGGCAAGUCGGUUAGGGCGCACGGAGUUAAUCAAGCCUAUUUAAAUAUACUCAUACUAAG